CACCGUCAAUGGCUCGGGCUCCCUACGGUGCUCGAAGCCUCGAUCUCUUGCCACAAUGCAGCCUCGCCUCGUGGUUUGGCAAAAGUUCUCGAAGGCUGUGCUGGUUAUUAUCGAUCUCCACCUCGAUCUCUCGUUAUCGGUAGACAUCUAACUAGCUCUAGCUAGCUAUUGCUAUUCUCUUUCCCACCGUUCAACAGCAAGAUGAUGAAACGAUUCGCCUAUGUGCUGCUGCUUUUGGUGUUGGCAGUGGCCGCCGCAGAAGGUGCCGGUACUACGUUUGAUAUCAUUAGCACAGCAGAAACCAACUUAGAAGACUCUCCGUCCUCCAGCCCAACAGUCAUACAAUCUUCCGAUGACUGGGUAUUUCCAUCCACAAUUUCCUUACGAGCCGGCGUCUUGUUGGCUCCUCCCUUUGCCUCUCAGUCCGAAGAUGGUGAAUUCGGUGGCUUUCAAAUCGAUCUGCUGAGGAGAAUGCAGAUCUUUGCCAAGGAGAAUGAUAAUAUCACUUUUGAUGUGACUUUAGACCUGAGCCCUCCUCAAUACGGUGCUGCAUUUGAUUUGGUGGCCACUGAUUGUGUGGACCUUGCCAGCAAUACCACUCAUUCCGCCGAAGAUUGCGACAAAUUCGAUAUUAUCAUUGCCAAUUACUACGCCACGGCUUCCCGGCAUUUGCGAGCUCAUCUAUCUCCUACGGUUCUUCAAUCCUCCAUUUCCGCCAUCAAAUACGUAGACAAGACAGGACCAGAUUACACAACCCUCUCCCAAGCCCAAGCUGCCCAAGCUCCCAUCUGCCUCAAAGACGGGACAUUCUAUGCUAGAGUCGUCCGAGAAAAGUUCCCUUCAGCUGCCUAUUACAGUUGCCCCAGUCAUGAAGAGUGUAUCCAAUCGCUCAAAGAAGAAAAGUGUGUUCUCACCUGUGACGAUGAACUCCAAUUACACUAUGCAGCGGCCUGGGAUCCUUCCCUGGAAGUCACGGGCGAACGGUUCAAUACACAAAAUAUAGUAUGGGCAUACUCCCGGGCAUUGCCACAAACCACGCUUACGUUGCUGGAUAUGUGGAUGCGAGAUGCAAUUACUAAUGCCACCACGGAUGAGCUCUUUUCCACGUAUUUCCAAAAGGCACUCUGCCCCAUCGGAACUGCAGGAGAGCAGUGCGAACUACCUUGUGACCCGGACCAUGGCCACAGUAAUGCAAGAGGCGUCUGCAUUUGCGAGUCAAGCAAAUGGACUGGUGAUGACUGUUCCAUUGAGGUCCCCGAGAAUGUCAACUCGCUGUCAAGUGGCAUGGUCUGGGCUGCCUAUAUCAUGUUCAUCCUGAAUGUUUUCACGAUCAUGCUUUGUGCAGUGUGGCUGUACUGGAAACGCACAACUCCCCAAGUGCUGGUUAGCCAACCCUCAUUCUUGUGUUUGGUUUUGGCAGGCUGCUUGAUUAGCAGCAGUACCAUUCUUGCAAUGGCACAAGAAGACACAGGAGAAGGACCGGUACCUGCUUGCAUGGCAAUUCCAUGGCUGUACAGUGUUGGGUUUUGCAUCACCUUUGGGACACUCUUUGCAAAGAUCCGCCGUGUAUUCUUCAUCUUCAGGAAUGCUACCAGUACCUUUGGCAAUAAACACUUGGUUAGUGUGUGGGAAACACUGGCUGUCAUUGGGGCUGUCCUAGCAGUGGAUGUAUUCAUUUUGAUUCUCUGGACAGCACUAGAUCCCUUGCAAUGGCAGCGAGAAGUCCUUACCGAAGAUAUCUUUGGAGUACCUUUAGAAAGCAUUGGAUAUUGCACUGCAGAACACUGGGCGAUUUGGGCAGGUCUUAUUGCCACAUUGCAUUUGCUGCUCAUGGCAGUAGCAUGCUUUAUGUGCUAUGCAGCACGAAACAUCCCCACAAGGUUUGCUGAAGGCAAAUACAUUUCCAUAGCAAUGAUAUCAAAUUUACAAAUCUUUGUGGUGGGUGUGCCAAUUCUUGUGAUCAUUGGAGCGGAUCCUCAGACAGGGUUCUUUGUUCGAAGUGUAAUCAUCUGGAUGAAUGACUUUGUGGUUGUCACAUUGAUUUUCGGGAAUUUGAUCUACUCUGUUCACUUUCAGCCCAACAAACAGAGAGGUAGUGAUCCAAAUUCUGUUCGUGAUGUGGUUGGAAGUGCUAUUCAGCAGUAUCGAUCCAAUGUUCUGAGAGAUACAAAGGCGUCUUGGAUGGGAUCAUCAGGGAUCGACGGGUCUGAACACGCUGGGCAAGCCAGGGCGCAACAGAGUCCUGAUAUCAAAGAUAUCAAAGAACACGGUGAAAACAGUGAAAGCAGUGACCAAGAUUACGUAGACGAGGAAGACCAGGCAGAUCUGGCACCAAUGAGGUCCUUUGCAAGUGGCAGAACAUCCAUCGAUCCACUGGGAGAUGACAAGAACUCCUGGGGAAUGAAUACACUUUCCAUGAUGUUGCCUUGCGAUGGUGAUGAAUCCGAAGGUGAGGAGGGCCGUCAAGGAUAUGUAGCACCUUCUCAAAAGCCGGUUGAUGUCUUAAAGGACAAAACCUCCUGGGGAGCAGGGUCUCUGUCCACGUUUGUUUCGGAUUGAAAACAAGGGCACCCAUACAUAUACAGUCGUACUACUAGAAGCUGGAUAAAGGCAGCGUUUUUG